UCAGGAGUCUGGUUUUGGGGUUGGAAUAAUCAAUACGGAGUUUACCCACAUGAAUGUAUCCAGCGUCCAGUGGCAGUGGUAACUAAAAAGUGGACUAGUUUGUUUUAAUUUAGAGUCUGUGCACAUUUGUAUCUCAUCUGUCCAGACACGAUGCAUCCGCUGCUGUAUUUAGGAGGCUUGGUCGUUAUGUUCCUGCUGUGGAUCAAAGUCAAAGGUCUAGAUUACGUGAUCGUUCACCAGAGGUGGAUAUUUGUAUGUUUGUUCCUGCUGCCGCUCUCCGUCAUAUUUGAUGUGUAUUAUUAUGUGCGGGCAUGGCUCAUUUUCAAGAUGUGCUCUGCGCCCAAACUGCACGACCAGCGCGUGCGAGACAUCCAGCGACAGGUGCGUGAGUGGAGUAAGGAGGGGGGUAAGACCUACAUGUGCACGGGUCGACCUGGCUGGCUCACUGUGUCUCUCAGAGUGGGGAAAUACAAGAAAACCCACAAAAACAUCAUGAUCAAUAUGAUGGACAUUCUGGAGGUGGACACAAAGAGGCAGGUGGUGAGAGUUGAGCCACUAGCCAACAUGGGUCAGGUGACUGCUCUCCUCAAUUCUAUUGGCUGGACUCUGCCAGUGCUGCCUGAGCUGGAUGACCUCACUGUGGGUGGUUUGGUGAUGGGUACAGGCAUUGAGUCGUCCUCUCAUAUUUAUGGGUUGUUUCAGCACAUCUGUAUCGCAUAUGAACUGGUCCUGGCUGAUGGCAGUUUAGUACGCUGCACUGAGGAAGAAAACUCAGACCUGUUCCACGCUGUCCCAUGGUCCUGUGGCACUCUGGGAUUCCUGGUUGCAGCUGAGAUUAAAAUAGUCCCCGCUAAACCGUGGGUGAAGCUGCACUAUGAGCCCGUGAGAGGCCUGCAGAACAUCUGUAAACGCUUCACUGAGGCCUCAGAGAACAAGCAGAACACAUUUGUUGAGGGCAUCCAGUACAGUCUGGACACCGCUGUCAUCAUGACGGGAACCAUGACUGACCACGCAGAGCCUGAUAAGAUCAAUAGAAUAGGCCUGCACUUUAAACCCUGGUUCUUUAAACACGUGGAGGGCUACCUUAAAGGAGACAACACUGGAGUAGAGUACAUUCCUCUGAGGCAAUACUACCACAGACACACACGCAGCAUCUUCUGGGAGCUUCAGGACAUCAUCCCAUUCGGCAACAACCCAGUGUUCCGCUGGCUUUUUGGAUGGAUGGUUCCUCCUAAGAUCUCUCUGUUGAAGCUCACACAGGGAGAAACCAUCAGACGGCUUUAUGAACAGCACCACGUGGUCCAGGACAUGCUGAUACCCAUGAAGCAUCUGCAGGCUGCCAUCACACGCUUCCACCAGGACAUCGAUGUUUACCCACUGUGGUUGUGCCCAUUCCUGCUCCCACCAGGCAGGGGGAUGGUUCAUCCUAAAGGUCAAGAGGAUGAGCUGUAUGUGGAUAUUGGGGCUUAUGGAGAGCCCAAAGUCAAACACUUUGAGGCUAAAGCAUCAACACGUCAGCUGGAGAAGUUUGUCAGAGAUGUGCAUGGAUUCCAGAUGCUGUAUGCCGAUGUGUACAUGGACCGAGAGGAGUUUUGGGAGAUGUUUGAUGGACAGCUGUACCACAGACUGAGAGAGGAACUAGGCUGUAAAGACGCCUUUCCUGAGGUUUAUGACAAAAUCUGUAAAUCUGCUCGACACUGACCCUCAUCACUGAAACCUGAAUUCAGCUCUGUGUCACAGAUACACCCAAGCACGGUCAGCAAAUCACACCUGCUGACACACUCACUUUUGGGAUGUUUCUACAAAAACAAAAAGUUGUUUUACACAGAAAUACAUCUCAGAAUUUUCUAUGGUGGAAUUAAGCUUCACACACACUAAAACAAGCUAAAACAUUAUAUUUGGUAAUCACACUGUGUCUUAAGAGAGCCUAGCCUUCCUAUCGAUGUGAAACAGGAGCACAAGUAAUGCAGUGCUUUUAAGUCAUGAAUGUAUUCUCUUUUUCAUUUUUCUGUACACAAUGAAUUUAACAUUCAUGUUCUGGUUUCGUGUGCAGCUUGACUCAAAACCUUUUGUGUAACGUGACCUUGUUGAGAGCAUAUUGCACCAAAUGUCUUAUUCUCUCCUUUAAAAAAAAAAAAAUGUGUUAGGCAACAUUUACCUGUUUAACUACCUAACUACACAAGUGCCAUACACUUUGAAAACCUCCUUCUCCUUAGUAACUUAUAAGCUACUAUUUUGAUAGCAAAAUGUGAAAAUAUCACCUGGACUGUAUAAAGGUUGGAUGGCUUAAUUAAAACUCUAUUCUGCAAUAAA